AUGGCUAACAAACAUUUUAUUAAAAAUAUUUUCAUUAUACUUUCAGCACCAGGAAAAGUUGCAGAUAAGGUCAUAAUUGAAAACACUAGGGAUUCUACCUUUGUAUUUAUGGAGGGUUCUGAGGAUGCCUAUGUUGGAUAUAUGACAAUCAGGUUUAACCCUGAUGAUAAAUCAGCCCAGCACCAUAAUGCACACCACUGCUUGGAGAUCACAGUGAACUGCAGUCCAAUUAUAGAUCAUUGUAUCAUUCGUAGUACUUGCACAGUUGGCUCCGCUGUGUGUGUCAGUGGCCAGGGAGCAUCUCCUACGAUCAAACACUGCAAUAUUAGUGAUUGUGAAAAUGUUGGGCUAUAUAUAACAGAUCAUGCACAGGGAAUUUAUGAGGACAAUGAGAUUUCAAACAAUGCUCUUGCUGGAAUCUGGGUAAAAAACCAUGGAAAUCCUAUCAUCAGGAGAAAUCAAAUUCAUCAUGGGCGUGAUGUUGGGGUCUUCACAUUUGAUCAUGGCAUGGGUUACUUUGAAAGCUGUAACAUUCAUCGUAAUCGAAUAGCUGGUUUUGAAGUGAAGGCCUAUGCGAAUCCUACAGUAGUGAGAUGUGAAAUUCACCAUGGGCAAACAGGAGGAAUUUAUGUCCAUGAGAAAGGACGAGGCCAAUUCAUAGAGAACAAAAUCUAUGCAAACAAUUUUGCUGGUGUGUGGAUUACAUCCAACAGUGAUCCAACUAUCAGGGCAAAUGCCAUUUUUAAUGGCAAUCAGGGUGGAGUUUAUAUCUUUGGAGAUGGCAGGGGUCUCAUAGAGGGGAAUGACAUUUACGGAAAUGCAUUAGCAGGAAUACAGAUUAGAACAAAUAGUUGUCCAAUUGUGCGUCACAACAAAAUUCAUGAUGGUCAACAUGGCGGUAUCUACGUGCAUGAAAAGGGACAGGGUGUAAUUGAAGAAAAUGAAGUAUACAGCAAUACCCUGGCAGGUGUGUGGGUGACAACAGGAAGUACACCAGUGCUACGGAGAAACCGAAUACAUAGUGGCAAGCAGGUGGGUGUUUACUUCUAUGACAAUGGCCAUGGAGUGCUUGAAGACAAUGAUAUCUACAAUCAUAUGUAUUCAGGGGUUCAGAUUAGAACUGGAAGCAACCCUAAGAUUCGACGCAAUAAAAUAUGGGGAGGGCAGAAUGGUGGCAUUCUUGUUUACAAUUCUGGUCUUGGGUUUAUAGAAGAUAAUGAAAUAUUUGACAAUGCAAUGGCCGGUGUUUGGAUUAAAACAGACAGUAAUCCCACACUCAGACGGAACAAAAUCCAUGAUGGCCGAGACGGGGGUAUCUGCAUAUUUAACGGAGGCAGGGGACUCCUUGAAGAAAAUGAUAUCUUCAGGAAUGCCCAAGCUGGUGUUCUCAUUAGCACAAACAGCCAUCCAGUAUUGCGAAAGAACAGGAUAUUUGAUGGGUUUGCAGCAGGCAUUGAGAUAACAAAUCAUGCUACAGCUACUCUAGAAAACAAUCAGAUAUUCAACAACCGGUUUGGAGGGUUAUUUUUGGCAUCUGGCGUGAAUGUUUCAAUGAAAGACAACAAAAUAAUGAACAAUCAAGAUGCAAUUGAAAAGGCUGUUAAUAGGGGCCAGUGCCUGUACAAGAUAUCAAGUUACACCAGCUACCCAAUGCAUGAUUUUUACAGGUGUCACACCUGCAACACAACAGAUCGUAAUGCAAUCUGUGUAAACUGCAUUAAGAAGUGCCACCAAGGACAUGAUGUGGAAUUCAUUAGACAUGAUAGAUUUUUCUGUGACUGUGGUGCUGGAACACUUUCGAAUCCUUGCACAUUAGCUGGAGAACCCACACAUGAUACAGACACUCUGUAUGACUCUGCACCACCAAUAGAGUCCAAUACUUUGCAACAUAACUGAGAGUUUGUUUUUCCUGCCGUUCUAAUCAACAGUAACUCCAUUUGUAUCAAACGAAAAACUAGGGGAAAAUAACAUUUUACCCAAAUCUUCAGGAAGAAUGUCCGAAUUUGUACAGCUGUUGUGCAUGGCACUAGAGUCUGAAGUCUGGUGUUCAGACAGUGAAGGAGUAAUCUGCUAACUCAGGAUCAAGAGAAGGCGCUGGGCAUGAAUAGCAUUAUGACAGAUUAAACAGCCAGCAGUGGUCUACCCAAGGGACAAAAUGCUAACACUGAUACUGUACCCUAAAUGCCAGCUUGUGAAGCUGUCUUCUCUGGACAAGUAGCAUUGGAAGACUGUUGCUGUUGGAAACAGCAGACAGAAUAUCAAGGGUGUUCUGCAGCACCUAUGGACACUGGGUACUGAUUGGGUUGGUGUAUGUAAGAAAAUGUGAUCUAGCACUUCUGCAUUUGAUUUUUAAGAAAAAAACAUUUAUUCAAUGGAGACAACUGAUUUUAAUGCUUUUCUCAUGUAGCUUUUUUUUGUAAUUUCAAGCAAAACCUUAUUGUACUUGAAUGUGUCCUGUUUUGUUAGCAGAACUAGAGACUUGCUGUAACUAUACUCAUGUCCCAGUAUCUUAUUCUUUCUAUGAAAGAGACAAGAUAACACUAAUCGAUUGUAUCCCACAACUAUUGAUUUCAAUUACAGAACAUUAUGUUCUUUUUAAAGUUAUUUCCAGAAGUCAACACAAGUGCUUUCAUGAGACUGUACAGGGAUUAAGGGAAAGUAAACAUCUGAAGUGGUACCGGUAUUUUAGAUGCCACCUCAUUAAGACAUGCAUAUUGUUACAAAGGUAACUUCUGGACAGUGCCAUUUUGGUAAUGCUUCUUCUCCCUGUAAUGAAGCAGCUAGUAUAUAUGUACAUAUAUACUCAGUCUCCCUUUACUAGCUUUUCAUUAAUGCGUAUUGGUGACAGUGGGUAAAAUCAACAGCUUGAAAGUGUAUGCAUGUACCAUAACAUCCUAGACUUAAUAUAUUGUGGAGCAUUUAAUAACCAUUAUGUAGAUGAUAGGUAACAAUAAAAAGGGUUUAAUUUCCUAGGAAGAGAGAGAGUCUUAUCAUUUUAAAAUAAACUUUAUUAGAACAUAAUUUCAACAAUCAUGUCUUUGAGUUAAACCAUACGCUUGAUACUGUUUUCAGAUUUCAGCAAUCUUCUGCAGUACUGGCUGUAGGGUAAAGAAGUUAAUAUUUGGGUCUUCAACCAAAAAGCACAUCUCUCUGGAAGGGGGGAAAAAAAAGUAUUUGAAAAUUUAAUCUUUUACAGACAUUAAAACUUCAGAAGUAGUAACUACACUACACCACAAUCCACCCAUUCAUUGUAAGUGAGCUAAAAGACAGUUACUUUUUGCUAAGUGUACCUUGCUACCCUUCUGUUUUGAAAGGGAGAUAAAGUGAAAACAUUCUUUAGCAUGUUAUGCUAAUUGUGUAGAAACUUAAGAAUUCAAAGCAAGCAAUAUAUUUUCACAUUCUAUCCCCAGCAGUAAAGAGAACAUGGUCACUACUGUAUCUUAAAAACCAGCUUGCAUUAACCGUAGGAAAAAGGAUAUCAACCCUGGAGGUUGGGCUCUUUCCUGACUAAUAAAAAGUUAUAAUUAAUCCAUUGGGAAACUAGUUUUACCACUCUUGCAGCUUGAUGAAAUUCACUCGUAUGUACGCCAUACUUGCCAAGUAACAUACACACAACUGCCAUUAUCUUAUCUGAUAUUUGCUAAUCAAAACAGUUAAAACAAGGUUUAAUUAUUUUCUAUACUUACUUGAAAAGGCGGAAGGAAACUGUGGUCUUCUCAAAUUCUUUAGCUUUCUUGUGACCUUUCUGAAUAAUUUCCUCAGGAAUGUUUGCAAGUCUUGCUGCAUUAAAUCCAUAACUCUUUGGACAGGCUCCUUUGAUAAAUUUAUAUAAAAACGUGAUAGUUUCCUGACUUGGAUCCUCACACUCGUUCUCAACCAUACAGGCCUACAAACAGUCCAUAGAGAAUAUUAUGGAGAUGGGCACAAACUUAACUAACAUAAUAUCAUUUGUUUCACUGUACUUAGAACCCAUCCAUUUAGAAAUCAAAUGUGUCUCUGCUAGGCAUGCAGGUCUUCAUGCCUUUUUUGUCAGUAACCAGUUUAACUUUUCCAGCAUGUGCUGACCAGGUCCACAAGUAUGAAAUCUUUAAACAAUACUGAGUGCCAUGCACUUACCAUAUGUCCUAAACUGACUGCUGUGGAGUGAGAAAAAUCUUCCACAAGGGAAUGGUAGUGUGUAGAAAACAAUGUGCGGCACUUAAUGUUUUCAGCAAGCUCCUUCACUACUGCACUAGCAAUUGCUGUGCCGUCGUAUGUUGCUGUGCCACGGCCUGGAAUAAUAAUUCAACAUUAAACAUUGCAAACUCCUGCUCAACUCUUCACAGUCCUAUCUUACAAGCAAAUUGACUGUAGUUUGAAAAAGUAACAUUAUGAAACAAACAUUUCUGGUCUGACUAUCCUAAAGUGUGUGUCAAACCUCGAGAUGUAUUUUAAUUUGCUCAGGUCAUUUGCAAUCACGAUCGGGUUUAAUAUUUAAUGUGGUUAUCCUCCAGAUCACUUGCGUAAAUACGCCAAUUGGUACUACAAAACGGCGCUAGGAUGCAGAGGUUAGAUUGGGGUAGAGGGGAAGAAGCAAUUUCACUGCCCUAUUGUCUAACUGCGGUCAUUCAUAACAAUGUGCUUUCCUUCCCCACUCCCCCCAACUAUGCCAGGGUGUGCAGCUAUUUUUCUGAACGUGAAGAGCCUUAAGAAAUUUGCCAAAAAUCAACUCUCUAGCAUUGCAAAAGAUAUUGGUCAUUAUCAAAUGCAGUCUCAUUUCUUACUUUAUAGUUUUAUUAAAAGUCAGUCAAACCAGCGUAAACGUUUUCCUAACAAGGCAACUUUCUAGACCAGAUCAAAUUUAAAAACUGUUAAAAGCAAUGUUGCAACCAUAAAACCUUAACUAUAACCAAUGUGUAGACAUAUGGCUGUUUUUUUUCAUUAAAAUCAUUUGAAACUGCAAAA